AAGAACAAGAACGGUAGAGGAUGCCUUGGUAUUUGGUUGCGGCUUUGCUCACUCUCCUCGCCAGUUACCAGGGAAUUUUGACAACGCUGUCACAAAGUCAUGGAAAAUACAGAUAUGAUUAUGCUACUGUUCCAUUUCUUGCAGAAGUAUUUAAGGUGAAAGGUUGUGGAGAGGCAUCUUGUGAUUCCCUUUUCUCAGCACCUAUACAGGGUUACAUGCUCGGGCUCCUGUCUGCUUGUCUUUCCGCUUUAGCUGGUGUUUAUACAGAAUACCUGAUGAAGAAGAACAAUGACAGCCUAUACUGGCAGAAUGUGCAGUUAUAUAUGUUUGGCACAAUUUUUAACAUGGCAUGGCUUAAGCUGGAUGAUUUUAGAGCUGGAUUUGAAUAUGGACCCUGGUGGCAACGUCUCCUUGAUGGAUACACUGUUACAACAUGGCUGGUUGUGUUAAAUCUUGGUUCUUCGGGCUUACUAGUUUCGUGGUUGAUGAAAUAUGCAGAUAAUAUUGUGAAGAUGUACUUUGCUCUUGCUCAAACGCUUGUAGACUUGCCAGCAACAACAAAUUUGGCCUUGGACACCCUAAAGGAAAUUGCUGCUGAGCGAAGAGGGGAAUCAUGAUUCUGUUGAUAGAUAAGCUCAAAUAACUGGAAUCUGUUUGGUCAAGUGUGAUGCGUAUCUCAGAUAAAUUAUUUCAAAGGUGAAAAAGAGAAAAACUGUAAAAUCUUUUGGUUUGGAGAACGAGAUUGCUUGAAGAUGAGUAGAGCAAAUCAUUGGACAGGAAACUCCAGUUCCGCAGCGCGAAGCGCUUACAUAUCCAGAACCAUGCUGCAUAACCAAUGAUUCGAGCCAUAUAGCGUCUGGUGUAGCAAGCACACAGCUGGGAUAAAGGGUCUAUUUGUCAAGCAGUUGUUUCGGAAUCAUAAAUCAACGUGUUUAGAGGUUUUGUUCCAAAUUGGUUUUAUUACCGUCCAAAUGUAUUUCUUGGUAGAUGUUAAAGUCAUUCUUACUUGCUCUGAGGUUCCGAAGGGUAGGUUCACACGACUGAAUUAGCACCUGAUUUGCCUUCACAUUCUACCAGCUUGCAAUAUCCUGGAUCAGCAAUCAACACAGAAACAUAUCAGGUUUGAGUUUUCUAUUAAUUGAUGCAUUAAAAGCCAGAUUCAUAAUGUUCAUCGAGAAUGCCUUUUUUCAGUUUCUUGAUAACAGUAGAUAUGCUCACUUGUGCCGAUGGGCAACAUAAUAAUCGUGCGACUUGAAGUGCUUGGGUGAUUGAUCCUAGUAGUUUGCAUCUAUGAUAGUGUCCUAGGGUGUUGCAGUUCUUCGAGGAAAUGCCAUCUAACGACAGGGGGAGACCAAUGCCUCAGCUUCGUGUAACCGAUCA